UAUUCUUUUACAUAUUUUCUAUUCCUUCGGCAUAAGCCUGAUGUCGGGUUAAAAAAGUUUCACUUUAUAAUUUGUUUACCCUCGAGUCAUUAAUUUUUAUUUUAUUUUAUUUUAAACAAGCCUCUGCUAAUAAUCCCUAAUUGACCCCCCAAAAAACAACAUAUACACACACGCUAAAGCAGUACACAGUUUAAAAAGAUGGCGAACGUAUUCAACGUCGCGAUUUUCUUCAUCAUCUUUCGUGAGACCAUUGAGGCGGGUAUGAUCAUCUCGGUGCUGCUGUCCUUCAGCAAGCAGAUGUUUGAGACGCAGCCCGAGGCGUACAAGCGGGCGAGAAAGCACAUUUGGAUCGGAGCGGCAGUGGGGUUCUUAAUUUGUUUGAUCAUCGGAGCGGUUUUCAUUGGAGUCUUCUACACGGUUGCCAACGAUCUGUGGCAAAAAACGGAGGCGCUGUGGGAGGGUAUUUUCUGUCUUAUUGCCACCAUCAUGAUUACUGUCAUGGGUCUGGGUAUGCUGCGCUCUGGUCGCAUGCAGGAGAAAUGGCGCGGAAAGCUGUCGACGCUCAUGGAUAAGCAGUCCGAGAAGACUGGAUGGCGCAAGUGGUUCGACAUCAAGAUUUUCUCAAAGAAGUACCUGUUCUUCCACCUGCCCUUCCUCACGGUUCUGCGCGAGGGUCUUGAGGCUGUUGUCUUUGUCGGAGGCGUGUCCCUGGGCGCCACAGCCAAAUCUAUCCCCCUCCCCGUUAUCAUUGGUCUGAUCUGCGGUGCAAUUGUUGGUUUCGCCAUUUACCGCACAGGUAACGCCAUGUCGUUCCACUGGUAUUUUGUCGUAUCCACCUGCCUGCUGUAUCUCAUUGCCGCCGGCCUGAUGUCCAAGUCCGUGUGGUUCUUCGAGGAGCACACUUUUUCCAAGUACGCCGGUGCUGAUCCCGAUGCCUCCGGUGUCAUUGACGUGCGCGUCAACGUUUGGGCCCUGGAUUACGGAAACCCUGAGGCCAACGAUGAUACUGCGUGGGGUGUUUUCAACGCCAUCCUUGGCUGGAACAACGUUGCCACCUACGGCACAAUUAUCUCUUACUGCCUUUACUGGGUGUUUUUGGCUGCCUUCCUGUUGUUCAUCGGCAUUCGCGAGAAGAGGGUUGACCGCCUGAAGGCGAGCAUUGAUCAUGACGAGAAGAACAUGGUGUCUAGCCAUGACAACGGGUCUGACAAACUCCAGCCGACGAUUGAGGUUCGUUGAAAAAAUAAAUACAUUUCUUCCGUUUUUAAUUAAUUCGCUUUUAGCACAAUUUUGACUGUUGCAAGGCAAUGCCAUACGUGGCAUAAAAGAAGCAUUAAACAGCUUCAUUGAACCGAUGAAUUUUCAUUUAUUUAAAAAAAAAGAAUAAAAACUUGCUAAUUGGUCACGACAGUUUAUUGUGAUGCAUAUAAAAUACUAUGGCGCCCCUACAUAAUACUCAAUUUUUCAAGUAACUCUUAGACUUAAUAUUAUAAUAUUUUUAAUUUG